AUGGCUAGUCAUGAGAACUAUUGCAGAAACCCGGAUAAAGAAGCUGGCCCGUGGUGUUACACUACUGACCCAUAUAAACGAUGGGAACUCUGCGAUAUACCGACUUGUGACACUCCACCAUCUGAAUGCUUAAAUGUAGUUCGAGGAGAGGAUUAUUUUGGCCAUGCCAACAAGACUAGAAAUGGCUACACGUGCAUGCGCUGGGAUUCCCAAUCGCCACAUAAGCAUGGGUAUAAAUACAUAGGGGAUCAAGGGAACUACUGUCGUAAUCCGUACGGAGAAGAACCUAAGGGACCCUGGUGCUAUACCACAGAUCCCAACAAAAGAUGGGACUAUUGCUCUGUUCCUCUAUGUGUGACUACAACAAGAGAUGGGAAUAUUGCUCUGUCCCUUUAUGUGGUAAGUGACUACAACAGGAUAUGGGAAUAUUGCUCUGUCCCUUAUGUGGGAAUUGACUACAAUAAGAGAUGGGAAUAUUGCUCUGUCCCUUUAGGUGGUAAGAAACUACAAUAA